AUGGUCAUCUUCAACAAGUCCCUUGUUAUCAUGUCAUUCCCCUGGUGCGAUGAUCAAGCAGAAAAGCAGGCGGUAGUUCGCCGACCCCAGUCAAAAUCAGGGGCAGGUGGCUGCCCAUGGGCUCAGGAUGACGAUGCGGAUGAGUUCAAACGAGGACCACCGAGUAACAGAGGAAAGCGCACGGGCAUUCCGAAUCAAUCUCCGCAGUAUGAGGCUGCUGGAAAGCCGCUGUCCAUGAAGCCUUCUGGUGGACAAGGACCCCCAUGGGCGGCCACCGAUGCUGACUCUUGGGCCCCCCCAUCAAACGCUUAUGGUGCUGGUGUUUUGAUGCCGCCGAAGGGCGCCGAACUCCACGUUCCAUAUGAUCAUGCGCCAUACUAUGCGCAGCCUCUGCCAGAUGAGGUAGACUACCCGGAGAUCGACUACCAUGAGCCAGCUCCAAGACCGAUGGAUGCUUACAAGUACCGAGGAGCUGCCCCCUGGGCACAGGACGAGGAGGAGCCCAUGGUCUCUGUGUCCAAAUCUUCCUUCGCUGCCCCCAAGUCUGUGAAUCAGCCUUCUCAGAUUCACCAGUCCUCCAACCACAUAGACAACGCGACUGCUCAGCGAGUUACUGCCGAAACGAGACUUGCUGCAAAAGCCAUCCGAGCUAGGAUGCAGGGCGCAGGCAACGUUCUUACUUGGGCCCAGUAA